AUGGCCUACGAGGAGGACGGCAUCACCACCGUCGCGUUCCGCCCGUCCGAGCCGACCGACCACGCCAUCGAGAAGGACCUGAUGCGCGUCAUCUGGGCUCGCGGCCAGCAGUCGGGCGACUACAUGCACCGGCCCAAGUCGGGCCUGGAGGCGGGCAGCUCGUCCGUGCCCAACUUCUACCGGCCGGACGAGGUCAAGUACCACGGCAGCGGGCAGCAGCGCGGCGUGGCGUCCAUCGACUUCCUGGAGGGCGGCAGCACGCAGGAACUGUCGCCGCGUGCCUACGAUUUCUGCGGCGCCGAGUGGCGCUGGCCGCCGAGCUGCAGCAUGGACACGGCCGACUGCGAGUACGCCGUGCGCUGGGAGCUGCUGGAGGCGAGCGACGAGGUGCGCUUCACCGUGCAGAGCGACUCUGACGAGCACUGGACGGGGGUCGGCUUCUCGCGCACGCCCAACAUGCCGUCCAGCGACGUGGUGCUGGGCUUCGUGGCCGGCUCCGGCCGGCCGAUCGUGCUCGACGGG